UCAUUCUUUCGCUUCGAUCUCCAUUCGUUCCUUUUCUUUGCAACAUCACAAGGAAAGACGAGAAGAAGAAGAAGAAGCUCUCGAUCAAUUUCUCUCGCUAUUCUCUCAUAUAUCAGUAGUGAGGACGAAGACAAGAGAAAGAGAAACACGGGAAGACAAGGCGUUGAAGAGAUUCUUCUGCUGAUUACUAGCCACAAUGACAGUACACAAACCACAUUCCUCCGAACAACUCCAUGAAGACGACUCUCCUUCGCAUCAACAGAGUCUUCGCAAGCAAUCUCGACGGGACAACACAGGAGUUGAGGUUGAGGGAGACGACGCAGAAGAAGAAGAAGAACUGAAAGAUACGGUUUCAGAACAACAAGAUUCCGACGGUAGCCGCUCAUCCGACGACCUCGCAAGACUACCUGAAUGGAUUCCUACCGAUCUUCUUGCUCUUCGUACCUAUGUCCAAUGUCCAAUAUGUCUAGGUAUUAUUAAGAAAACUCGAACUGUGAUGGAAUGUCUACACAGAUUUUGCAGGGCAUGUAUUGAUAAGUCAAUGCGUCUGGGUAACAAUGAGUGUCCUGCUUGCCGCACACAUUGUGCAAGUAGACGUUCUUUGAGAGAUGAUCCAAGAUUUGAUGCAAUGAUUGCGGCUUUAUUUCAAGAUAUUGAGAAGUUUGAGGAAGAGGAGUUGGCAUUUCAUGAAGAAGAGGUGUCUCGCAAUAAACAGAUUCAAGAGUCAAUUGCUCAAAUAAUCCUGCGACAAUCAGAAGCAGUUCCGGCUAAACGUAGGAAAAAUGGUAAAGAGGUCUCCACAGUCACUGCAAGAUCUCAACGCAAUUAUCGCCAUUCUUACUCCAGAAGAAAACGGAAGAAUCGUGACACAGACCUCGAAGGGCCUGAUGAAAAUGAGGUAGAAAAUGACCAUGAAGGGAGAAAAAACUCCUCAUCAGCUGAUGAUGCGGGAAGAGAAACUAAGUGGAGAAGAUACAAUAGGAGAAAUAUUGGAACUCGGCCUUGUUCAUCAGCUAUGGAUUCUGAUAACAUAUGCAUUGAUAAUGACUUGGAAAUAGGCAAAGAAAGCAGAGGAGUUUCUUUCACUCCCUUCUUUAGUACAGAAAUACUUGGUUGGGGUGGAGCUGCUGCUCGGAGCAAAUGUCUUCGUUCCACUCGCUUAGCAAAGCUGAAAGGAUUUCUUGAAAAUUCUAAAGUAAAUGACGAUAAGUUAGACGAUGUUCAUCUUAUGCUUAUUCCCUUGGACACAAAAAGGAUGCCAUGCCUGAAGCAGCCAUAUCUUUAUUGUCCACCUGGCUUAUUGGUUGAACACCUUAAUCAUUAUGUUGCGAGAGAGACAGAUUUGCAAGCUGAAGAUGUUGAAAUCCUCCUUGUGAGGAAAUCCAGCAUCUUUAAGGAUGGUCAGCAAGGUAGCCGAAUGGAAAACAAUGGUGGCGGCCCAUCUGAAUUGCUUGAUUUGGGCGAUGAAACAACAACAACAACAACAACAACCGGACUGCAGGCUUUACAAGGAAAAGACACAAUAGGAGAACUUCGAAACAUGUCUGCUUCGGACAUGAGUCAUCUGGUUUUGGCUUAUAGGGAGACACAAUCUUCUAAUGUUUAAAGUAAGAAUAUAUAUAAAAAAAAAAAAAAGCCUCAGUGUGGCUAAACAACUAUAUAUUGUUAUGAUACAUACUCUUCUUCUCAGUUGUCUUUCAAAUAAAAACCAAACCACAUUUGUGAGCUAUCGUAUGAUUUUACAGU